AUGGUGCUAGAGCGAGGAGUCGAUGUCAACGCCCAGGGUGGACAUUACGGAAAUGCCCUUCAGGCUGCUCGUGCCGGAGGACACGACAAGAUCGCACAGAUGGUGCUAGAGCGAGGAGUCGAUGUCAACGCCCAGCCCGAUCGGUAG